CUCCUGAAGCAGAGGGGGAUGCAACAGCUAAGUCUGAGAGAGUCGCAACGACGCCUCCCUCCCCGAAAGACCCUUCUGCUCGCACUUCAGAGAUGGGAGCCCCUGAAAGGGACGGGGAUACAACAGCUGAGUCUGAGAAACUCGCAACGCCGCCUCCGUCGUCGGAAGACCCUCCAGCUCCCACUCCUGAAAUGGGCGUUGAAGCGGACGGCGAUGCAACAGCUGAGUCUGACAAAGUCGCAACACCGUCAGCAUCACCGGAAGACCCUCCUGCUCCCAUUCCUGAGGUGGGACCAUCUGAGUCAGGUGAAAAGGAGACGGCCGGACCUGAGACGGAGUCCACGCCCCCUCCGCCACCGAUCGAUCCUAUGGAGUUCCUGUGCCGUUCGGCUACUCCCUCUCUGAAGUCCACGAAGUCUUCCAAAAGUUCUUAUGUGCGUCCUGUGCCGGGUCCUAUCAGUUAUUCUGUCCCAGGCGAUCCCGCCGAACAACCUGCACCAACCAAGGCCGCUGAGGGUGGACAAUCAACCUCGCCGGAAGCAACUCCUGCUGCGCCCUCGGAAGCCUCGCGCAAGUCACCAGCACCUUCAGUGAAAUCCCACAAAUCAUCGGCCGAGCGAAGUGUGAAGGACAUAAAAUCAGUCGACGCACCUCCUCCCGCCGACAAAUCUGUGGCUUCAAACUCCCCUGCAAACAACGCCCCGUCGCAAGCCCCAGAGAGUAUCGCUGAUGAGCCCUCUCCGUCUUCGAUGCCACCACCAACAGCACCAUCGGAGUCGUCUCGUCGGUCCACCAGUCCCUCCAUCCGAAGCUCAAAAUCGUCAACAGCCCCAUAUGUUCGCCCUAUUCCGGUUCCAAUUGGAAGUUCCACUUCACCAGACCCACCUCCCCCGCCUGAGUCAAUAGCCUCUGCAGCGCCCUCCAAGACCCCGACCGCAACCAAUCCCCCAUCACCAAGAGAGAGCGCUAUCAUCCCUCCUUUCCAUGCUCCAUCUGCAGCCUCCACCAAAUCUUCUUCGCAUACUCUCCCCACUCCCCCUCGAUCACGAGCCCCGUCGCCCCUCUUCCCCGCCGAAGACGAGAUUGAGGCUCUCACACGCCACCGAAGCCGCAAUCAGUCCGCAACAGCUCCCUCUCGCCGCUCCGGCUCAGCGCCCAAAACAUCAAACGAGGAGCUCAAGAAAGAAACAACCAAAAGGACAAGCGGAUACGCACUCAGCACCAGCAAGUCUACCACUGUUUCAACCGACGACAAGUCCCACCGACCUUGCUCGUGUGAUCGAUCACUGUCGGAGCAAAGCAUGAGGAGCUCCAAUAGCAGAUACAUGUGCGAAAGCCGUAGCGCGGCUAUCAAGGGGCUAUAUCCAAAUAGUCCGUUGGCUGGAGGUUCAGUGUGCUGUUCGCAUAAUUCUUUGGCGGGAUCGAACUCUUCGAUGCCGAGAGCGCGCUCGUUGAGGAGGAGGUCAGAGAGGUUGACCGAGAGGGGGAGCUGGGAGACAGGUUUUGGUGCGCAGGGGUCGAUGGAGAGUGCCAGUGAGAGAAGAAACAGCGAGGCGUAGAGAAUGGGUAUGGCCUUGCAGACGUGGAGUCUUCAUUUUCCCUUCGUUUCUUCCCAUCGGUUUCUUACUGUUGCAGCGUUCAUGUUCCGGGUUCGUCGGGUUCGUCACUGUCUGCUAUGUUGCGGUUUUCCUUUUUCUUCAAGGUAUAUCUUGUAUUCUUUUGCAAGGCUUUCAUUUUCCUCUUUCCUGUGUGCUGGCGUCGAAAGGUUUCGUUAUCCUUUACUGGCAAAGCGCAUAUGCAUGAAGCGUCGCAUUUUCCAG